GGAGGAUGGAGGUUCGAUUAAUAAACUUAUCUCAAGCUGUCCAAUUCUUGAAUCGCUGAUAUUGAGAGAUAUUUGGAUAGAAGAUGGCUAUGAUAUGAAUGUUAAUAUUGAGUCUCAUGAACUGAAGCACUUCGAGAUUAUCAAUAAUAUUGACAUUCUUGUUUGGUCCCAUUAUAACAUGUCGAAGAUUAUCAAGUUAUCGACUCCGAACUUGACAUCAUUCAUCUGCAAAGAUUACAUGUUACAAGAGUAUUGUCUAGAGAACGUUUCAUCUCUAAUCACUGCUGAUAUUGAAAUUGUCAGAGAAGGUGAAUACGAAGCUCUUGAAUAUUAUGAUUUGGAGAUUUCAGAAGAAGGGAAAGAAAUAUUGUAUCCUAAGCGUACAAUGGAAUUCAUUGAAGCCAUUUCGUAAUGUAAAAGAGCUGACAAUUUCAUCACCUGGAUUCCUUCAGAUUCUCGCAGGAUCUCCAGACUUGAUAGAGGGUCGAUCCCCUCAAUUCUGUAAUCUUCGAUGUUUGAAGUUGAAUAUAUGGUUUAAAAGACGCUGCUUGACCGCAGUAACAUCCUUACUUAAGACCUGUCCUUGUAUAGAAUCUCUUUAUCUUACAUCAGCGGAGUUGAACUUUACAGCCAACAAAGAUGAUGGUGAAGUGGAAUUAUCAGUGUCAUCCAUAUUGUGUCACCUCAAGCGAAUCGAAAUCAGAGAACUUAAAGGGUGUGAUGCUGAAGUCAGGUUUCUAGAACUUCUACUGAUGAAUGCUCCGGUAUUGGAGGAAAUGGUUUUGUCUUUUGACAUAUCAAGCUCACCGGAAAUAGCAGGCUCAACUGAUAGAUUGCAGGUUGCAAAGAAGUUGGGUGAGAAGCUGAGAUCACUUUCAAAAGCUUCGCCAAGUCUGGCAAUGAUCUUCUUGUAAUUUUACUAAAUGCUAUAAGUUUUCCAAGGCUUGUUGUCAUUGGAUACUCCUGUUGUUCUUUUUAAGCACCUUAAAUGCUGCAAGGAAAGAUGGAAAUACCGUGUCCCGUUCUUGCUCGCCUUCAAUCAUAAACCAAAAUAGAGACUCCAUCCUCUAGUUCAGCCUGCAGGGUAUGCUCCUUUUUUUUUUGUUUAAUUUUUUUAAAUGUUUUUUAUGUUUUUGUUUCUCCUAUUGACUGUGAUUCAAGUUCUUGCUUUGAUUUACAAGAAACAUCUAGAAACUACAAGGCCUAAGGAUGUACGGCCGGUAGAGAAGACUCUAGAGAGUCGGUUAGUGCAAACAAAGUUUGCUACUGUUUGAAGUCUAGAUAAAGCUAGAAAAGUCUGUCGGUUGUAAUAGGAUAUUAUCUAGUGAAUAUUCUAGGGAAAUGUAGAUCUUGCAAUGAAGGUUUAUGUAAGACUAUAAAUAGGCAUGGGCAUCCUCAUUUGUAAGCAAGCAAGAUUCAAUUCAAUAGAAGAUAAAGUCCAAAUUUACAAA